AUGGCAUCAACACCGACAUCACAAAGCGCCGCCCAGGACGCAAACGACAAAAAGCGUAAUAAAUUGGGGUAUCACCGGACAUCUGUCGCAUGUGUACAUUGCCGACGACGAAAGAUCCGAUGCCUGGUUGCGCCAGAUGACGCCGAAGGGCGCUGUGAGAACUGUAUUCGGCUACGAAAGGACUGUCAAUUCUUCCCCGUGGACCAGCAACCACCAAUCGAAAAGAAAUCACGCCCAAACUCAAGACUGGAGACCCCAUCAACCGAGCGUUCGAACACUACACCAAUUGCAUCUUCUCCGACCAACUUGGUCCCCGAUCCCGCCGAGGGCUACUAUCCAUAUCAAACCAUGCCAAUGAACACUUCAUCCGCGCAGGAACUUUCGCCCUACAAUGUGAACAUGGUUCCAACUAACCCAAUGGGUCUAACACCAGAUCGGCCUUUGGGACCGGGAGACUUUGCCGGACACCAGACUAUGGACGCAGGGGUCGCGUGGGACGAAUUUACGACAAUAUCAGACCCGCACAUGUUGAAUACAAUGGCAGCAAAGGGUCAAAUGAUGAACAUGGCACCCAAUGUGUGGAAUCCUGGGAACAUGUCCUCAGGGCUACCACCACCUUCGCCGAUAUCUGCCGCAUCUCCAAUGGGAAACCAAACGCCUAUGAACUCAACUCCGGCCUUUGCCAUGCAGCCAGAUGGAACAGUCUGGCAGGUACCACCGCCACCGCCGAGAACGAUGAGCUACCCCGGACAGGAAAUUGGGUCAGCCUAUCCCAAUCAAUAUCAUCCUCAGAUGCCUCCAGAGCUGAAACGGAGGAUGACAACACCCGCUCAACCUCUUUCUGCCCCGAAUGCACUGGGUUCACAAGGAUCUCCCGGUUCUGACAUGCACACGCCCGGUUCAGUCUCCUACCCACCAGGCAUGAACUACACCCAGUGGCAGGAUAUGAGUGCCAUGCCUCCGAUGGGCGUGGUGCCGUAUCCCAUGUACACUGGUGAGGCACAACAGCCUUACAACCCUCCAAUGGGACAUCCCGGGCCUCCAGGACGUUCCCCAAAUUCAUGA